AUGUGGUCCUUUUUCGCUGUGUUUCUUGUGACAUAUUUUCUGCUCCAUUAUUUGAGCUGGAAAAAGUACCUUGAGGAUGGGAAAAACGCGCGGAGACAUCCUCCGAGUUUCUACGGCUUGCCGAUCCUAGGAUGCUUGCCGUUUUUCGUCGUGAAAAAGCUGCGGAUCCGGUUGCUCCGGAAGCUCACCGAGAACCCCUCUCUCCCAGUCUUCAGGACUCGAUUCUUAGGACUCGGAGAAGACGUGGUGUUCAUCAAUGGACUCAAGCCAGUGCAAGAGGCUUUCCGGAACAACGAUAUACUCGGACGGGAAUGGCCAGUCGGAUUCCAUGAUGUGGCUGAGGAGAUCUUCGGUGGUGUGAAACCUUUCUUCCUGCUACAGGGUGACGAGUGGAGGAUUCAGAAAAGGUUCCUCAUCCACGCGCUCAAGGACCUUGGAGGUUAUGGCAAGUCAACCGUUCUGGAAAGGGUGGUGACCGACGAACUCGACACGCUGUCUGGGGAGCUGAGGAAGACCGCAGGCGAACCUGUUUUCGUCGAUCAGCUCUUGGGACAGUCCAUGUUCAACAAUAUCGUCUCCUUCGUCCGCGGGGGCCGUGUCGACUAUCGAACACUGUCAGACAGGAACUACGCGAACGUAAUCUGUGGCUCAUUCAGGUUCGCGGAUAAAAUUCUCGCCGUUUGUGUUCCCAGAUUCGUGUUUCAGUUUCUGAAACAAUUCGAAAUCUUCGGAAUAAAGGCCUAUGUUCGUGUGGCAAAUGCUAUUAAGAAAAGGUUCGCGGAUGAAUUCGAGCAACACAAAUCGACGUUCAACCCAGACGAGCCGAGGGAUCUCAUCGAUUGCUAUGUGGGCGCGUCGCUCGAAGACCCGGACAAUUCUUACGUCCGUCAUAUGUUCGGGAUGUUGUCCUCGAUUCUCCUGGCUGGCAGCCACACGCUCCAGAUCACAAUCGAUUAUCUUCUGCAGCUGGCCGCUCACUAUCCAGAGUAUCAGCUGAGGAUUCAAAACGAGAUCGCAGAAUUCAUUGGCAAAGAAACGCCAACAUACAGCGACAUUGAGAAGCUCCACUUCGUUCGUGCAUUUAUCACGGAGCGACAUCGAUACUUCACCCUGACACCGAUCGGGGUUCUGCGGACCGCGACUCAAGACACUACAAUAUGCGGCUAUCACAUCGCAAAGGGAUCCCUGGUUUUCUAUAAUCUCCUCUCGGCGCACACAGAUCCCAGAGAAUGGGAGAGACCGCACGAGUUCAUGCCUGAGAGAUUCCUCGAUGAAAGUGGAUGCUAUCGGAAGGACAACAACGUCAUGCCAUUCGCGCAAGGGAGGAGAGCAUGUCCCGGUGAAUCCAUGGGAGAGCAGGAGACUUUCCUUUACUUUGUGACUCUACUGCAACGCUUCAAUGUCCGACCAGCAGAAGGCAAGACUAUCAAACUCGCCCAGAAUGAAGGAUGGUUUGCUGAGCUACCGAUUCGACAAGAAAUCCGAAUGAUAGCUCGCUCGUAA